AUAAAAGGUGCCAGCCGCGUCUCCAGGGGGCAGAGGAGCAGAGGGAGCCUGACAGGUGUGAAUAGCCACAUGGUUGCCAUUUUACCCUGCCCGGCUUCUCCUUCUGAUCCUUGCCUACAGGUCAUCCUUGACUUACAACCGUUCGUUUAGUGACCGUUCUAAGGACCAUUUUCCAGACUUUUCACCAGCGGAGGCGAUUAACGGGGUCUGUCCAUUCCCAGGUCUGGAUUUGGGAGGAUGAGGACUCUCUGGAUAAUGGCCGUGUUGCUGGUGGGCGUCGAAGGGAACCUGCUGCAAUUCGGGAAGAUGAUCAAGGAAGCGACGGGGAAAAACCCUCUUACCACCUACCUGUCUUACGCAUGCUACUGUGGCUGGGGGGGCCGAGGCGAGCCAAAGGACGCCACCGACCGCUGCUGCUUUGUGCACGAUUGCUGUUAUGGAAAACUGACCACUUGCAGCCCCAAAUUGGACAUUUAUCCCUACAGCCAGAAGAAAGGGGAUAUCGUCUGCGGAGAGGGCACCGAGUGUGAGAAGCAGAUUUGUGAGUGUGACAAGGCUGCGGUAAUGUGCUUCCGAGACAAUCUGAACACAUACAACAAAGAAUAUGAAAGAUACGGGAAGUCUCGUUGCAUAGAGGAGUCACCGAAAUGCUAAGUCUCUGCAGGCCGGAAAAACCCCUCAAAUUACACAAUCAUAAUUGUGUUAUUCUGAAUGCAAUACUGAGUAAUAAACAGGUGCCAGCUUUGCACUCAA